AUACAAAACCAAUCUCGUCUUCGGGCGAGUCCCUUGGUGAUUCAUGGUAACUUUUCGAAUCGCAUGGCCUUUGCGCCGGCGAUGGGUUCGAUUCCGGAGAGGGAGCCUGAGAAACGGCUACCACAUCCAAGGAAGGCAGCAGGCGCGCAAAUUACCCAAUCCCGACACGGGGAGGUAGUGACAAUAAAUAACAAUACAGGGCCCUUACGGGUCUUGGCAAGUCUGGUGCCAGCAGCCGCGGUAAUUCCAGCUCCAAUAGCGUAUAUUAAAGUUGUUGCAGUUAAAAAGCUCGUAGUUGAAUUUUGGGUCUGGCCGGGCGGUCCGCCCUCCGGAGUGUUCAAAGCAGGCGUAUGCUCGGAUACAUUAGCAUGGAAUAAUGAAAUAGGACGCGUGGUGCUAUUUUGUUGGUUUCUAGAACCGCCACUAACUUCUGCGAAAGCAUUUGCCAAGGAUGUUUUCAUUAAUCAAGAACGAAAGUUAGGGGAUCGAAGACGAUCAGAUACCGUCGUAGUCUUAACCAUAAACUAUGCCGACUAG